AAUGGAAUAUACCUCAACAAAUCGCUUACAAUAAACACCCCAAUCGCCUUCAAUGACGGCACGACCUCACCUCCGCUAGAUUCUCCUGCAUGGGAUGAGCUGAACCCUAGCAGAAAUGGAGCGUUCGGACUGACAAUGACUAUCUUGUGCACGAUAUUGAUGGUGGCGAUAUUAUGUACCGUUAUUGUCGUUGUUCUGCACCGCGACAACAUUAUCAUCAAAUCUGCGAGCCCCCUAUUCUGUAUCCUAGAACUUUGCGGCUUGGCUUUGACAGUGUCAUGGAUAUAUUUCAGAGGCGGUGUCCCCGCUCCAGGAGUUUGCAGAGUUGGUCUGCUGGUCCCCGUUAUAGGAUUGACUAUCAAUCUCUCUGCCCUAGUGGUCAAGAAUUAUCGAAUCUACCGUAUUUUCAACAGCGUCAGCAUCAUCAACCAUGCAGUAUCGAACCACUAUCUAUUGCGAGUCGUCGCCAUGCCUGUCGUCAUUACUUUUAUCCCUUGCAUCGUCCACUGCUUUGUCGACUAUUUUGAGCCGAAAUUGGUUCGAACUAAUAACAGCGAGUUCUGGGCGAUAUGCAGCUCCAGCUCUUCUCAGCUUGGCUGGGCCAUCGUAAUUGGAAUCAUUCCUGCUAUUAUGAUUUUGUUUGGGAUAUUCCUUGCAUUCAAGACGCGUAAUGUCACGCGCCUUUGGAACGAGGCUCGCUCAAUCGCUUUGACAAUCUAUAUGUUGACGUUCUUCGUCAUCAUAAUCAUUAUUGUUCAAACGUUUCCUUCGGAUCUCUACCAAGUUACCUACCAUGUCACCAUGGUCUGUAUACUUGUCAGUGGAUUUCUCGAAUAUAUCAUUCUGUUCUAUCCAAAGUUGAAGAAUCUGUGGCUCCAAAGGCAUGGCCUCCAUGUCCCCGCAGGAAGAGGCGAUAAUUACAUGGACAAUAUCAUGGGAACAGGCAUUCCUAUCACGGACAUGAGGCGAGGCGGCAAAAUGGUCUCAUCUGGAGGGACCAUGAAGAAUGGUGGAAGACAAUUUAGAUCCUUAGGGAACGCAGUCAAGGACUCUGAAUGGCACUCUGUCGAUAUGCAGGGGAAUCCUAACAUCUCGGAUUUAGUUUCGUCGUAUCCAUUCGGUCAACUAUCGGGAGAAAACUGUAGUAGCCUGCUCACCUCUCCUGUUCACCGUCCUACAAACUAUGGCCAGUCCAGCCUGCUGAGCCGAGGACACCGAAAGAACCAUGCUGGUGACGAUCAGGACUCACUGGAGAUUGACAACCCGCAACUGACAGGGACACACCGGGCCCCUUCCCUGGCAAACCACGUGGCAACAGCGCAUGAUGUAGGUCAUACCGGUAGCGGCAGUAACCACGACACACCGGUUCGAGGAAACUCGCGAAAGCUGAGCGCAACCACGGUCCCAAUGACAGCAGGAUACAAUACAUUUGGGCAAUCAAACGCCUUCAGACCGAGCCGUGAUAUCCAGCCUCUCGGCUCACCUAAGAUUUUGGCGGCUUCAUCCAACGAGGGUAGCGAUUCGGAUACUCCGGACUUUUCAGUGCGCGAUUUUUAUGACAGUAUACCAGAGCUGAAUCUUCAGUCGCGAAAAAACAGCUUUGGUGGAUUUUUGCCAAGCCGGAGCCCCCAACAAUACCCUUUUCAAGCCCUUACUGCACACAAUGACUCUGGAAUAUGCUCGCUGCAGGAGAUGAGGAUGGACUCGUUCACUGUUGUCGUUCCGGUGCAGCGGCAUCGAUGGUACAUCAUACGGUUCUUGGCUCAGUGGAGGAUGUCGCGUGUUAUUUUUGUGCCCUGCUCUAAACUGAUGGUCUUAAUCGAUGUAAGGGAGCUGUGGUAUUGCAUUAUCAUUCUCAGAUUUUCUUUAUUGUCCAUGAACUCAUGCAGCACUUCACCUUCCUCAAACAUAGCUUGAGACGGAAACAUCAGAAAGUCUUAUUAUCCACUCUGUAGAGCGAGGCUACUCGCAGCAUGAUUGUUCACCAGAGUCCUCACCCCUCGACCCAGGCGUUUCCGGAUCGUCUUUUGUUGCCGCAAGCAGGGAUGACCCUGGAUCAAAGGCCAGAGCGACCACAGCCACAACUGCCACUGAAGCCCCACAGCGGAGCUCAGCUCCAUUCACGAACAGGGCCGCACUUAUUACACAGUUCUCUUCCG